UUUCUAAAUUGAAAAACUGAAAAAUGCCUUAUGGAGAGGGAAGUAUUAACGCGGGAGCUGGCGGCGACAUGGGCAAGGAGAACGCCUCGGACUUUUCGAUGAACGGGCCCGCCCCAUUCGCUGCCUGCCGCAAGCCCCGCCCGGACGCCAACUCCUUGAACGUCCGGCAGUAUCUUGACCAGACAGUGGCCCCCAUUCUGCUCCACGGACUACAGGCUCUGGCCAAGGACCGACCCAGCGAUCCGGUGAGCUACCUGGCCACCUACUUGCUGAAAAACAAGAACCGAUGCGACGAGAUAAAUCCAGAAGAGAUCCAGUGAUCCUGGAAUGCUUCACAAACACAAAGUUAGGCCCUUAACAAAGUUUUGAGGUUUUUUCCUUCCAAGUUUCUGUCAAACACCGAUGUACGCUAAUUUUGUUUGUCAUAUAUUUUUUGCACUACCGACUUGUACACAAUUUAUCGCUGAUGUAAGCUGGCUAAAAUAAAUGUAAAAAAAAUAUGAACAACUUA